CCGCCGCCACCUCCCGCGGUGCCCGCACCCGGCGGGGCCCGGCCGCAGCCAUGGAGCGCGCGGCCUCCAGCAUCCAGGUGCUGCUGCAGGCGGCCGAGUUCCUGGAGCGGAGGGAGCGGCGCGACCGGAUCCCCCCGUGCCUGGCGGAGGCCGAACACGGGUACGCCUCGCCGUGCCCCGCGCGGCUCCGCCAGGCCGGGGACGGCGGCAGGUCGGUGCACAACGCGUUGGAGAAGCACAGGCGGGCGCAGCUCCGGCGCUGCCUGGAGCAGCUGAAGCAGCAGGUGCCGCUGGGCUCGGGGCCGGCCCGGCCCACCACGCUGAGCCUCCUGCACCGCGCUCGGCUGCACAUCCAGCGGCUGCAGGAGCAGGAGGUGAGGGCGCGCCGGGUGAAGGACCGCCUGCGGAGCCGGCAGCAGAGCCUGCGGCGGCGGCUGGAGCAGCUGCUGAGCCCCGGCGGGGCCGAGCGGAGCCGUGCCGACAGCCUGGACUCGUCACAGCUCUCGGAGCAGUCGGGCUCUGACGGAGGUCUGUAUGAGGGGGGUGGGGGACGGGCACGGGGCGGCCGCUGGGCGCUGACCCCCGCCCCUCUGCGCAGAGGAAGCCGAGAUCGACGUGGAGGGCGCUGGGCUCGGUGCUGAGCCGCUGGUUGGCUUCUGCACCGGGAAAGACCACAGCUACUCCAGCCCCCGCAGCCCCUGGUCCUGACAGUGCUGUCCUCCAGGACACCCUGCCACACCGACCCGGGGCUGUGGGGGGCAUCGGGUGCCUGGUGCAUCCCUACCCCAGGUGGCUGAGUGGAGCUGGGUGCAGUGCUGGGCGCGUGGAUCCCGGCCCCACUCUGCACAGCAAAGCACUGCUGUGAGUGGAAGAGGCCAUGGCAAACAGCCUGGCCCCAGUGGGGAUGUGCCAGGGUUGUGUACAGUGAACGCAGGGCAGUGCCCACCCCCCCCAGAUGCAGCUACAGGCUAGCCCUGCUGGAGCCAGGAAGGGGAAGUGAGCAUGCUUAGCAACGCUUCGUGCUCCCACCGUACCCUGACUCCUCUCUCUUGUAUAUAGCAACACUAUUAUUGCAGUAAAGGCACUUGGUUAAACUG